AAAAUACGUUAGAAAGAUUUGGAAAGCAAGAAGUAAUUCUCAAAGAACUGCUAAAUUCAAAUACCAAUGAUAAUUGGUGGUUUCAGGAGGUUGUUUCUCAUUUUAAGAUUGACAAAAUUGCAUCUAAUAUUGUUCAAUGUUAUGGAUUAACUAAACAUCCACUCACCAUGAAUUAUAUGUUGGUUUUACGCGUUAUGGAUUUUGAUCUAAAAAAUUAUACAAUUAAUAAUUUUUCAAUAUUAAGUUGGGAAUAUCGAUAUAAAAUUAUUUAUAAAAUAGCUGCUUGUUUGGAUACGAUACAUAAAGCAGGCUCGGUUCACAGAGAUCUGCAUCCUG